AUGACUUCCAACAAACCGGUAGACAAGCCGGUAGACAAGUCGGCAGACAAGCUAGCCGAUAAUCUGAAGGAUUUGGUCAUCUGCGCCAGUGGCACAAUCCCUGGAUAUCAACAUGGAGAAAUCAAGCGGAUGGUCGAAAAAUGUGGUGCGAAAUUUGCAUCGAUGAAUAUCAGCGAAUGUACUCAUAUCGUAACAACCGAGGCAAGCGCCAAGAAAAACUUGAAAAAGAUCAAUCGAGCCCGUGAACUAGAAAGCUGCGAGAUUGUGAACAUCGACUGGCUGAUCAAGAAGAUCAAGAAGCAUAUCCCAGAGGAUGAGCAGAUAAAGAUAUUCAAGCGCGAGAAAGAUGAAGAUGUUAAACCUAAAGGGGGAAAACGUCAGCGAGACCCUUCUGACAACGAAGGAAACACUUCCAAGAAAACGAAGGAUGAAGAACGGAUCAACCUCAAGAGGCUGAUCGAUUUGGUUGACGAUAAAUACCCAAAAUCGGAUGGUACGGUUUCCGUUUACCAGGACGACGCGGGAUUGAUAUGGGAUGCCACGUUGGUCAAACUUGAUGUGAAAAAACAAGUCGAGGUGUUACGAAUUCAACUUGUCCGUCAUCACAAGUUACAAAUGUUCCACACAUGGGACUCGCAAUACCCAUUUGGAUCACCUAAAAAAUCAGAUAUAAAGGAAAUUCUCGGAACCCUCAACUCGGCCAAGAGUACGUUUACGGAGGAGUUCAAGUCAUUCAGUGGUCUAGCCUGGAAAGAUCGACAUGCUCCUCCCCCUUCGAAGGGUAAAGGCUGGUUCUUUCUUGAGAUGCAUCACAGGGAGGCUCCCAUCAUCACCAGCAAGAUCAGCCCGUUACCGGUAGGUGUUGAAAAUGUAUUGAAACUCAUCUUCACAUCAGGAAGCUUGAAGCAAUACGUCACGUGCUUAAACAAUCUCGGGCGCAGUGUUUUUCCUGGAGCUAAAAUGGAAAAGAAAAAGCUUCUGCUUGGGACUGCAGUUUUGGGCAAACUGAUGGAGCUCACCAAUCCUCAGCUGGCACUUGGGGACCAUUCCAAGGCGAAGAAGAGAUUGUGCGAGAUCUACAAAAGCUUGAUUCUCACAAAUGGGACUCUUUCAGACACCAAUGACACUGUCAGACAGGAACUGGAAUCCCUUGAUCUCUUACUCAAAUUGCACGAUGCGAGCGAGAUUCUGGGGAAAAAAUCCCAGUCUUCCUCAUUGGCCAUGGGCCGAAUAUCCCAAGAGAUAAUGGGUAUAUUCCGUCUCGAACGUCCCGGGGAAGCAGAGCGUUUUACCCAAUGGGAAAAGGAAAACCUUGCUAAUGUCGGAGACCGGCGACUACUGUGGCAUGGCUCAGUAUCUAGCAACUUUGCAGGGAUCUUGAGUCAAGGGCUCCGUGGCGAUGGAAUUGUCAGUGCCAAUGGGAAGCAAUUCGUUCGUGGGGUAUUCUUUGCCGACAUAUCCACCAAGUCGGCAGGAUACUGCCAAGAGAAAGGAGAAGCCUUGAUGUUACUAUGUGAAGUCGAGCUGGGUAAACUCUCGGCUUUCUCAGAUCAAUUUAUUGGCAGAACUGUCCAUCAGAAAUGGCGCGAUGCUGGAUAUAUUCACCCAUCUUUCAAGGGGACCAAGGUGCCAGAUGUUCAUGCCGGAACAAAGGCUUCAGCCAGCUACCCCGGUCUUUACCACUCUGAGUAUGUGGCGAGAAUCCCAGCACAGAUUCGCCAACGGUAUUUGUUCCACGUCAACAUUGUUUGA